GGUGCGCUGUGUCCCUCGGACACAGUGGAUCACCAAUCACGGAAAGAGCCGAAGAUGUCGGCUCGGUCAUGUGAUCAGCUGUGUCCAAUCACAGCUGAUCACAUCAGUGCCACCUGUCAAUGUCCAUCAGUGCCUUGUGUCAGUGCUCAUCAGUGCCUCGUGCCAGUGCCCAUCAGUGCCACAUAUCAGUGCCAACCAGUGCACAUCAAUGCCACAUAUCAGUACCCAUCUAAACUGCCUUUCAGUGUCACCCAUCAGUGCCAGUCAGUGCCACCUAUCAAUGCCAAUCAAUGCCACCUAUCAGUGUUGCAAAAACAGUGCCACCUAUCAGUGCCAGUCAGUGCCGCCUAUCAGUGCCUGUCAGUGUCGCCUAUGAGUGCCAGUCAGUGCCACCUAACAGUGCCAGUCAGUGCCGCCUAUCAGUGCCAUAUAUCAGUGCCAUGUAUCAGUGCUGCCUUUCAG